GGUAGAGGCAACUCCUUCAUCACAUCCAUUUCUGUACAAGUCUCCUCCCUACCUACAGGUCCCUCGCUAUCUCACGUACACACACACACACACACACACACACACACACACACACAAGCACACACAGAGGGGGUGUGUGUGUGCUCCAGCAUCACUGGAGUGGUGUGCGGGCUGCUGCUGGAGGCACGUACUCACCGCCACGCACUGCGCUCCAUCAGACACUCUUCCACGACCAUGAGAGGCUGCUCCAGCCGAUGCAAGUCCACGCAAAACCAGGGCAAGGCGGUAUGUAUGACCAACUGUCCCACCCUGAUCGUCACCGUGGGCCUGCCUGCAAGAGGAAAGACCUACAUCUCCAAGAAGCUGACCCGCUACCUGAACUGGAUUGGCGUGCCGACCAGAGAGUUCAAUGUUGGACAAUACCGGAGGGAGUUCCUGAAGAUCUACGAGUCCUUUGAGUUUUUCCGUCCCGACAACGAGGAAGGGUUGAAGAUCAGAAGGCAGUGUGCUUCAGCGGCUCUGAAUGACGUGCGACAAUAUUUAACAGAGGAAGGAGGCCAAGUCGCUGUUUUUGAUGCAACAAACACCACCAGAGAGAGAAGGGACACCAUCCUGGAGUUUGCAGAACAGAAUGGUUUUAAGGCUUUUUUUGUAGAGUCGGUGUGUGAAGACCCUGAAGUCAUUCAGGAAAACAUCGUUCAAGUAAAGUUGGGAAGCCCCGAUUACACUAACUGCAACACGGAAGAAGCGGUGGAGGAUUUCAUGAAGAGGAUAAAGUGCUAUGAAAACUCUUACGAGACGCUGGACGAGGUCUUGGACAGGGAUCUCUCCUUCAUCAAGAUUAUGGAUGUCGGCCAGCGCUACCUGGUCAACAGGGUGCUGGACCACGUCCAGAGCCGGAUCGUCUACUACCUCAUGAACAUCCACAUCACGCCGCGCUCCAUCUACCUGUGUCGCCACGGAGAAAGCGAGCUCAACGUCAAGGGUCGGAUCGGAGGCGACUCGGGUCUCACGCCGAGGGGGAAAGAGUUUGCUAAGAAGCUGAACCAGUUCAUCCAGACGCAGGAAAUAAGCGAGCUGAAGGUUUGGACCAGCCAGAUGAAGAGAACCAUCCAGACGGCAGAGGCCCUCAACGCCCCCUACGAGCAGUGGAAAGUCCUCAACGAGAUCGACGCGGGUGUAUGUGAGGAGAUGAUGUACGAGGAGAUCCAGGAAAAUUAUCCCCUGGAGUUUGCCCUGAGGGACCAGGACAAAUACCGCUAUCGCUAUCCAAAAGGAGAGUCCUACGAGGACCUGGUGCAGCGCCUGGAGCCCGUCAUCAUGGAGCUGGAGAGGCAGGAGAACGUGCUGGUCAUCUGCCACCAGGCGGUCAUGCGCUGUCUGCUAGCCUACUUCCUGGACAAGACGGCAGAGGAGCUGCCGUACCUGAAGUGCCCACUGCACACCGUGCUGAAGCUGACCCCCGUGGCCUACGGCUGUAAAGUGGAGUCCAUCAGCCUCAACGUGGACGCAGUCAACACGCACAGAGAAAAACCAGAGAACGUUGACAUCCAUCGUACCACUCAAGACGCCCUGCAGACCGUCCCUGUUCACCUCUGAUGCCUGGGCUGGAAUCGGAUGAUACUGAAGUUGAAUCCUCUUCCCCCCCCAGUGAACUCCCUGCCCCCUCCACGCCUACCAGUCUUGUGCGUUUCUCACAUUUCCAGUCACUGGUGACCCAUUGAUUGGGUGGACAACAUGCCACACUGCCACAACCCGUAGCUCUUCCUGUGUCCUUUGUAUGUCCUGUUCGAAUUUAAGGAGGAACGUUUGACCUUUAUGACCCGGAUGUUCAUAUCGUAAACACUCGGCUCACGGUGGUCAGUAAAUUUGCCGUUUUCAGCGUGUUGGUGUUGUGCGGCGGCAGACUUGACACUGGGAAGUUACUGUAGCGUGUUUUCAAGUGUUAACCAUGUGUUUUUUGCGAAAUAAUCAUGCUGCAUGUUUGACUUUGUGCAAUCAUAAUUUCACAUGAAGGUGGCUUCAGUGAUCAUGUGCAAUUCUGUAGGUUUUGAACCUGCUCUGAUAUGAAAACAAAUCUCUUUACGAUAACUGUCUGUGCUAACAGGAGUGAACGGAGUAGAGCAGUAAAACUAUGGUAAACUGUUGCUAGAAUUGGGUGGGAAUAGUUCCCACCUCCCCUCCUAGUUACUGUACGUGAUGGGGUAAGCCCACCUGUAAAUUAUUAUUGUGAAGCAACACAUUUCAGCAAUAGGAAUGCAAAAAGGAUCAUUAGCCAAAAAUAUUGGUGGUGUUGAUCUCAACUUGAAAAUGUAUGUUCCAACUGUACUGCAAUAAAGAUGUUAUUUUUCUAAACCACUCA